UCUUCACUUGAACUCAUGAUAUACGUCUUGUAAUAUAAAAUCAUGCCUGUUGAUGACUGCAUGUUAAGUUAGAAUAUAAUGAGAAACUGUAUCAUAUUAUUUACAAAUCUGCUAAGUUUCAAUUACAUCAUUGGGUUGCUCUGCUGACUUCCCAAGCCUUGAACUUGUGCUGCAGCGUACCAGAAUUAACACAGCAGAUUGAGGCAAUGGAGAGCCACGAAGAUUCGUCCUACAACUCCGAGGUGGAUUCGGACCCGGACUCCGACCCUGACAACCCGGAGAAGCUGCUGAACACUUGGCUCGGAGAGUUGGACAGCCUUACCGUGGGUCUUGACAGAGGGGGUCCCGCACGGCCCCUGUCCUCGGACCUCAACCCCCCUCGUAUUGACAGCUAUCGUUUCUCUAUGGCAAACCUUGAAGGUAAGCGGGAGUAAACUGGUGUACUUCCAAGUAAAAGAUUUGAAGUAGAA